AUGGACAGUGAAUUAUCAGAUUACGAAUUAGGUCAUGUAAUUGGCAUCGGCACGGUCGCCAAAGUUUACACUGCAAAAAACACGCACAGCGGCGAAAUCUUUGCCCUAAAAGUGGUCGACAAGGAAAAAUUGUGUGAAGAAGACAUGGACAAAAUCGACAGAGAAAUCACGGCCAUGUUAUGGCUCAGGCAUCCGAACAUAGUCCGCAUGUACGACGUAAUCGAAACCGAGAAAAAAAUAUUCUUAACAAUGGAAUACGCCGGCGGAGGAGACCUGUGGAAAAUAGCCGGGAAAUUGAACCAGGAUUUGGUUCGGAAAUAUUUACGGCAGCUAAUUAGCGCCAUGGAUUACUGCCACAGCAAGGGUUUCAUUCACAGAGACCUCAGGGCAGAGAAUCUGUUACUUGACGGAAACGGCAACAUUAAAGUUUCCAAUUUUGGACUCUGCGCUUUGCCGUCGGAGGUGGAUAGCCAGGGUUUGGUGAAAAUCGGGCGUUUUGGCGGGCGUCUGCAAUACACGGCGCCUGAACUUCUCGUUUCAAAGGAUCGUUUUGACGGUUCGAAGGCGGAUAUUUGGGCCUGUGGAAUCAUUUUGUAUGUGAUCUUGACGGGAAAUUUCCCGUUCGAGACCAGUAAUUUGACGGACUUUGUCAGAAAUGUUUCGACGGGCGGUUUUGAGUGCCCGGGGUGGUUUCCAGGCGAGGUUAACGACCUGGUUUCGAUGCUUCUGGUGCCUAAUCCCCGUAAGCGGAUUUGCCUUCCCAUGUUGCAGACUGUGGAUUGGGUUUGCAAAGGGUUAGAGGAAGAAGUUGGCGGCCAUGAAUUGGGGGCAGAUUUGGAGGAGGAUGAAGAUGAGGGGGUGGAUGAGUUCAGAUUUACGACAAAUUUAGUGGUGGGUGAGAUUGCUUUGAGGAUUGUGGAGAUUGUAUCUGGUGCUGGUUUUAGGGUUUGGAGGAAUGACUGGUUGGUGAAGAUGGAGUGGGUGGAAAUGGGAAGGGGAAGUUGUUUGGGAGUAGUUGUGAAGUUUUUGGAGUUGAAGGCUGGCCUGGUUUUGGUGGAGAUGAGUAAAACAUUGGGGGAGAGUGAGGAGUUUGAGAGGUUUUGUCAUGUGCUUCAGUCUUCCAUUACAGACCAUGUUUUGGAUUGGGAUGUGUAG